UACAUUUCUCAAAUCAACGUACAACCAGGGACUAGGCUAAUGGUUCUAUUUGUUUUGUGCAAUAAUUCUGCCUAUUUACCUAUGAUUGAUAACUAAGUAUGAAUACUGUACCUUGAGUCAUGCUGUAUCCAGAAUUGGCCCUACCUUUUCUAGCCUGAGAGACUGAAGUGAAUAGGCAGACAUAUUUCAUUUUGAUUGAACAGUGAACCUCAAUUCUCUCUUGCUUCCCAGAGAAAAACUGUAUUGUUCACUCACAGAAAAUCUUGUGAUCUGCACUGAAGUUACUCAUUUUUAUCAAAAUGUUUUGUGGGGACUAUGUGCAAGGAACUAUCUUCCCAGCUCCCAAUUUCAACCCUGUAAUGGAUGCCCAAAUGCUAGCAGGGGCACUCCAAGGAUUUGACUGUGACAAAGACAUGCUGAUUGACAUUCUAACACAGCGCAGCAAUGCACAGAGAAUGAUGAUUGCAGAGGCCUACCAGAGCAUGUAUGGCCGGGACCUGAUUGGGGAUCUGAAGGAGAAACUUUCAUCUCACUUCAAAGAAGUUAUGGUUGGUCUCAUGUACCCACCACCGUCUUACGAUGCACACGAACUCUGGCAUGCCAUGAAGGGAGCAGCCAUUGAUGAGAAUUGCCUCAUUGAUAUAUUGGCUUCGAGAACAAAUGCAGAAAUCUUCCAGAUGCGAGAAGCUUACUGUUUGCAAUAUAGCACUAACCUUCAGGAGGACAUUUAUUCAGACACUUCAGGACACUUCAGAGAUACUCUCAUGAACUUGGUCCAGGGAAGCAGGCAGGAAGGAUACAGUGACCCUGCUAUGGCUGCGCAGGAUGCAAUGGUCCUGUGGGAAGCCUGCCAACAGAAGUCAGGGGAACACAAGGCCAUGCUGCAGAUGAUCCUGUGCAACAAGAGCUACCAGCAGCUCUGGCUGGUUUUCCAGCAAUUUCAAAAUAUUUCUGGACAAGACCUGGUAGAUGCCAUUAAUGACUGCUAUGAUGGAUACUUUCAGCAGCUGCUGGUCGCGAUUGUUCUUUGUGUUCAAGACAAGCCUGCCUAUUUUGCUUAUAGACUGUAUAGCGCAAUCCAUGACUUUGGUUUCCACAAUAAAACUGUAAUCAGGAUUCUAAUUGCCAGAAGUGAAAUAGAUCUGCGGACCAUAAGGAAAAGAUACAAAGAGAGAUACGGAAAAUCCCUAUUUCAUGAUAUCAAAAAUUUUGCUUCAGGGCAUUACAAGAAAGCUCUGCUUGCCAUCUGUGCCGGGGACAUGGAAGACUGCUGAAAUCACGACAAGAAAUGUGGGGAGGAUUACUUUUAUAGACACAUCGGAAUAUAGACUUUUUGACAAAUUUGUGCUAUUAGUACUGUAACAGAACUAUAGAAUCAUAUUUUCUCUUAUACCUUUAAAAUCAUUUCAAGCCAAAAAAGUCUGUUACUGAAAAUAUAUGAUCCUGGAUUAUCAACUGUUAUUUAAUCAACAAUUAAUUAACUCUGUGUUAUGGAAUAAUAAGAAAAAUGUCUCAGAGUAGAUAUUACUUAAAUGUAAACUAUGAGUAUCCCACAAGAAAGACUUCCUUUGAUUGGGAGACCAGUGAAAAUGCAGUGUGUGAACACUGCCCUUAGGAGAAUUUUCUAGAGGCUUGCACAAAUACAGUAAAGCUAAUGUGAGCACCUGAAGCAGCCUGUAAAAGGAAGGAAAGAUACAAAAGAACAAAAUGCACCAGGAUAUAUGUCUAUAGGGAGAGUUGUACAAGGCACUUCAAUGUAAAAAUAGUCCAUGAGGAGGGGUGCCAGGUGGAAGGGGCAAGGGCAGAGUGACUUAGUCUUUACAGUCACACUGAUACAGGCAGUUUAUCUCUAAUGUUUUAAUCUGCACUUGCCCACUUACCCAGGUGAUAUCAGAAAAAACAUUGUUCAUGGAUUUUUGUCUUUGCUCACAUUAAGGGUUAGGCUUUCACAAAGGAAUUUGAGCCAAAGACAUCCAGCCUGUAACAUCAUCUUUGGAUGCUAUUUCUAGACUCUCUAUUUUUUUUUUUUGAAUGACAGAAAUAGUGUACUUAGCUGCUUGCCUACCAUCCUUCUUUCUUUUUACUUCCCAAAUCGGUUAGUUACUUUACUUUUACAUUGCAGUUGUUUAAAUUAUUUAUAUUGUUUUCUCUGAAAAAAUAAGCUCACAUUUGUCUAUAUAUUAAAUCUAAAACUUGAAAGACAACAAAAAUCACAUUGAGUAGUCAUCGGAAUACUCAGUACAGAUUCAAGUUUGUGAUCAGAUGCAGAUAGUAGGAAGUGUAUCCUAUAUCACUAAAACUUCCCUAUAGUAGACUUGCAAGAGCAUUAAAGACAUUGGUCAUGUGCCGGAGCAUUCCAUUCAGUGUUGAUCACGAUGUUAAAGGAACCAACUUUAAUCAGUUCUAGCAAUGCUCAGGUACUAUUUAAAAAGCAGGUUAUGAGACAGGCAUGGUGACAGAAUUCUAGGAGGCUGAUGCAAUUUUGAGUCCAGUUCCGGCAAAUUAGGGAGAGCCUAUCUCACAUAAAUAUUAAAAACAAAAAGCUGGGGAUGGAGCUUGGUAUGAAGUUUGAAGAU